AUGCGCAUCCGUUACCCAUUCGCAGGUGCCUUUGCCUUUCUGCUCAUCGCAGCAGCGUAUAUCGGUCUCCUUCCCCAUGGCGACUCCUCGACGAUACCAACACAGCUCCAGCCAAAUGACAAAUUCCUCCAUCUCGUGACAUUCUUCCUGCUCUCCGUGACUUUUUACUGGAUCUUGGAUACCACUCGGAGACGCACACUACACGUGACCCUUUUGGUCUGCACAUUGGGAUUCGGUAUUGGCUCAGAGAUCGUUCAGGGCUUCCUCCCCAAUGGCCGGGACUUCGAUUUAUUCGAUAUCGUCGCCAAUGUGGUUGGCAGUCUCAGCGCCAUCGGUCUAUGCAGCUGGUACCACCGACGCAUGAUGGAACGCCGUCGGCAAAGCCGAUAUGGUCUGAUGGAGGAUGGUACGGAGGAUGUCGAGCUCGGAGGCGUCGGGGGCAGUCCUCACCAUGAGUCAGAAACAAUGGGCCCACAAGAGUCCGGUGUCAUGAACCUCGAGCAGGAAGUCGACAAUUGGGACGAGAAUGCAGUGGAUAACUGGGAUGCUGAGGAAGGUCCAGAACAUGACCUCGAGACGUCUCCUCCCAGCUAUCAAGAAUCCAGCUCUGCCGGCGCCCAGCCGGCUGUGGCUCCAGUCGGGGCAAAGCGCAAUGAUUAA